AUGAGUAUUGAGAUACCGGUGGGCUUGAAGGAACUGCUGGAGGGCUACACCGUGGAGGUACUGCGACAACGACCAUCGGACUUGUUGGAUUUUGCCGUCCAGUACUUCACCCGCUUGCGGGAUACCAGGGGUCAUGAUGGGGCCAAUGAAGGUGGCAAGACAGGAAAGGGGGUGAUGUUUGAUGGGGAGCCGAUGCAAACGGAGUCCAAUGGAGAUGACGAUGAAGAUGAUGACUCUGACUUUGAACCUCCACCACCAAGCAGAUUCAACAGAAGAGUUUCAGUGUGUGCGGAGGCAUUCAAUCCAGAUGAUGAUGAUGAAGACACAGAACCCAGAGUAGUUCAUCCAAAAACAGAUGAACAGCGCUGCAGACUGCAGGAGGCCUGUCGAGACAUCCUGCUCUUCAAAACGUUAGACCAGGAGCAGUUCUCUCAAGUGCUUGACGCAAUGUUUGAAUUACGGGUUCAGCCUCAAGAGCAUGUGAUUGACCAGGGAGAUGAUGGGGACAACUUUUACGUCAUUGAGCGAGGCGUGUAUGACAUUGUGGUGUCAGGAACAUGCGUUGGUCAAUAUGACAAUAAGGGCAGCUUCGGUGAGCUUGCACUCAUGUACAACACCCCACGUGCAGCUACCAUCAUUGCCACUCAAGAGGGAUCGCUAUGGGGUCUGGAUCGUGCAACGUUUCGUAGACUCAUUGUCAAGAACAAUGCCAAGAAGCGAAGGAUGUACGAGUCUUUUAUAGAAUCUGUGCCCUUACUCAAAUCCCUGGAGGCAACAGAGAGGAUGAAGAUAGUGGACGUAUUAGGGGCAAAACAGUUCUCCGAUGGUGAACGCAUCAUCACACAGGGAGACCGUGCUGACUGCUUCUACAUAGUAGAAUCAGGAGAGGUCAAGAUCAUGAUGAAGAGUAGAACGAAGGCCGACCAUGCAGACAAUGCGGAGGUGGAAAUAGCACGCUGUAGCAGGGGUCAGUACUUUGGGGAGCUGGCCCUGGUCACUAACAAGCAUCGGGCUGCUUCUGCCUACGCAGUGGGCAAUGUCAAAUGUUUGGUAAUAGACGUACAAGCAUUUGAGCGCCUCCUGGGCUCCUGCAAAGAGAUCAUGAAGAGGAACAUCGCCCACUAUGAGGAGCAGCUGGUGGUCCUGUUCGGCUCGAGCAUGGAUCUGAGAGACUGA